GCCAACUUGAAUUGCACAUUUGAAACUGGCCUAUGUGAAUGGACAAACGAUGCAAAUAACUGGUUGGCUUCUUGGCAGACUAGCUCCGGACGACGAACUCACAGCCAGCAAAAGAUCAAAUCUUCACCGGAACUCUGUCUAAAACCCACAAUGCGCCCGCCUUCAUCGGCUCCCUCCUCUCAGCCGCUUGACUUUACGGGUCGUCUCUACAGUCCAUUGAUCGGCGCCAACUUGACUUGCACAUUUGAAACUGGAUCAUGUGAAUGGGCAAACGACCCCAAUAACUGGUUGGCUUCUUGGCAGAUCAGCACCGGACGACGGCCUCACAGUCAGCAGAAGACGCACUCCCCACCGGAACUCUGUCUAAAACCCACGUUGCAUCCGCCUUCAUCAGACCCGUCCUCAGCGCUGCCCGACUUUACGGGUCGUCUCUACAGUCCACUGCUGCGUAGAAAUGAUCGAGUUGGUUGCCUAAAGUUCAAUUACCUAGUCGUAGUCCCCGGAAGCGCCAAUCGGAGACAAAGCGCCGACGGGACCGGGCUUCCAACAAUCGCCGUUUUGCGUAGGCACAUGGGGUGA